AUGUUAUCCAUUGAAAACCCUCCACCAGAUCCCCAGUGUCCUUGUGAAAUCUCACAACUGAAAAGCUGUAAUAGUCAUGAGAGGGCUUCUGAUAAUAAGCAGCAGCUUGAGGUAGAUCUGUCCAAAUUCUCCAUAAGGGAUUAUGUUCUCAAUACACGGAGCAAGGAUAUCCAGACGAAUUGGCCAUUUUCUCAGAAAAAAUUGCAACUUUGUUUGAAACAUGGCGUGACCAAUCUGUUGCCACCUUUUCAGUCUCUUGAUUAUGCAAGAAACUCGUCAAUUGAAAAAUGUGAUGUUGGAAGCAUUACCAGUGACAGAGAAAGUAUAAGCAAUUCCGAUGUGAAGCUCUCCUGUUCAAGUGAUCAUCCUGUGUCCGUCUCUUAUACCAAUAUUGGGCAUGGCCAUAAGCUGAAUGUGGAUUGUGGAGACAUUAAUCCAACUGAAUCUCAAGAAGAUAAAGAAUUUCCAUCAACCAUAACGAGUCAUUCUUAUUCUGAAAGAGAGAAGAUUCCCAAAGUACAAAGCCCUUGCUUGGAAGCAGAAACUAAAAAUUUCCCAGGAUCCUUGACGGAAAAGCCUGUAUCUGUAGUUCCAUCAUCCAACAAGAGCGAAAGUACAAUUAAAGAAACAGUUAAGAAGUGCAGAUUGAUUGUGAAAUUGAGUAACGUUGCUGACCCAAGGUUGCAAGAAGUUGGGGGUGCAAACACUUCUGUGGUGUCGGAAACAAUGGCUUCAAAAGUGUGCCCGGUAUGCAAGACCUUUUCAUCUUCUUCUAACACCACUUUAAAUGCCCACAUUGAUCAAUGUCUUUCUGGGGAGUCAACAAUCAAGUGCACAGAAAAUCACGCAGUCAUUAAGCAUAGAAUAAAGCCAAGAAAGACGAGAUUGAUGGUGGAUGUAUAUGCAACGGCCAAACAUUUUACGUUGGAGGAUCUUGAUAGAAGAAACGGAACAAACUGGGCCUCGAACUUGGGUUUUCCUGCUCCAAAUAUAGGGAUGUCUGUUGAAGAGAAGAAAGACAUAGCAACUCCUGCCGAUGUUGAGGACAUCAAUGAAGAAGCUGCAGUCUACAUUGACUCCAAUGGCACAAAACUUCGCAUUCUAUCAAAGUUCAAUGAUCUGCAAUCAAACUCAAAUGCUAAAGAUGAUUGUAGACCUAGGAAACUUGAGAAAAGAGACAAAGAAAGCAAAUUUUCAUUGAGUAAGAAGAAAAAUCUCAUUAGGAAACACAAGCUUAUGAAAUGUACUCCUCAUGGCCAAAAUAGUUGCUUUCUGAGGCAUGAUCAUUGUCACAAGAUUGAUGAUAGUGAACAAAGAAAUGUUCCUCCUGAAGAAAGUUGCGAGAAAGAAGAAUGUUUGACACAACCCUUGAAAGCUUGUGAUCAGACGAAACUAAAUAAUUUUGGAAUUACAAGACAGUGGGUAGGCUCCAAGCGAACUGGUCUGUUGAAGAAGAUUAAUCUUGAAGGUGAAAAUCAGCAUUCAGACAAAGGUGUAACUAAAGACUUGCAAGUAAAAAGUCGUCAGUCUUCACAAACUGACCCUUUUUUGAAGAGAACUAGUAGUUUGAGUUCGGCAGUUUUAUCUGAUCAGAAUCCACAAUUACCUCCUGAAAGCAGCAGAAGGCUGGAGAAUUUGUCUCUUUUUUCUCAUGAUGGAUGUAAGGAUCCUUCUUCGAGAAAGAGGGCAGGAUUUUCCUUGUCGGAUUCUCAAAGCUGUCACAAUAGAAAGAAGAAACAUCUCAUGUUAUCUAAGUGUAGCGAGAAGCAGUUGAGGAAGAAUAUACCUUCUCGGAGUGACAAGAGAAUGGAGCUCAGUCCCACUAAAAAUUCUCAUAGUUCUUUUAUCAGCUCAAGAUCGUCCCAACAUCAUGCAUAUUCAUCUGGGGGUAAGAAAUUUUCAUCUUUAAGGAAUAUUUCUGUGGAUCAUGCAUUCUCAUCUAGAGGCAAGAAACUAUCAUCUUUGAGGAAGAAUGAGUCCAUUGUCAGCCAAGCUUCUAUUCCUGAUCGCUCUAAGAAAAGUUUGAUUAGAAAAUGUUUGGACCGGAAGAAGCCUCAUAUGCAUUACAUGUCAGGAUCAGAUGAAGAAGCCCUUGCAUCCCAAUCCACAAUUUUUAGGCAACAUCACCUGGUAGAAGAUCUGUGUGAAAAUUCAACUCAAUUAGAAACAACAGAUAAAUUAUUUGUUGAUAAAACUAGGGUCUUGAAAAUCCGUAAGAAGAGAGGGGCAUUUAUGAUCUGUAGAGAGGAGGAAACCAAGGCUUUGAAAAGCUCACAGCACUCUCCUGAAUUUGAUAGUCGCCGGGCUGGGAUGAAGAUUGAUUCUUUUGCCAGUGACAGUGUUCCAUCUUUUAUAUCCAAUGAUAUGGAACUUUCGGGAAAAGAGGUUGAGAAUUCGGAUGACAUUGUCUGUGAAUCAAUCCCUGACAUGGCUGACGAGGGAACUUUUCUGGUUUUUAGCAAAUCUUUGGAUUCUGCAUUCCCUGUGCUUGCUGAAACUUCUGAUGUGCAAGGUCUGUCACAACAGUAUCUUGAAGCAAACAAGGAACCUUUUCCAGUUAAGGCAGUAUUGGGUGGUGAAGAGAUGUUCUGCAGGGAUGAAGUGGGGAAACAUAUCAUCACUCACAAUGUCCACAUGGUGGCAGAGUUGGAUACUUACGAAGAACCUAGAAAUUACUUUGUGGAUGUUGAUCCGAUACCUAUUCCUGGACCACCCGGAUCCUUUUUGCCAAGUCCUGGGCGUAUGGGCUCAGACGAUCUUCAUGGAAAUUCAUCGUUAACUACCUGCAGGGUUCAAUCUUCUGAAGAUGAGCAUGAAUUAAUUGAUAUGGAUUCAUCAGAAUCUCCUGUUUCUGCCAUGUCAGCUAUGUCCAACUCCAUUGCAGCAAGAUCUUAUUCAGUUUCCUUGGAGAAGUUGUCUUUAGAACCUGAUCAUGGUGUUCAACCUGAGACUAGAUCUAGUUUCUCCCAAGCUAGCCUUGAUCCUGUGGUUGAGAGUUCCAGUCCUUUCGAGCCGGCCGUGAGUGCAGAAGGAAAGCUCAACCUGGACCAGUCAAGGACUGAUUUGAUGUUUGCUGAAUCGAGUCCUUUCAGAUUCAAAAACAGUCAGCCGUGCUGUUGCUCUAGGAAGGAGGGUGCUUUAUCGGGUUCUGCUUUAAACAAUCAAGGAUCACAACUUUUACAGAGAAGAUCUAUGUCUUCACUUGCACUUCCUGCCAUAGAAAAGCAAAUGGGUAAUUUUGCGAAGAGAAAGUUCGAAAGUUUCAGCUCGAGGUCGGAAAUAGUCUCCAGGAGCAAGUCAAGUUCAGAACCUGAAGAACUUGUUGCAAAAUCACCCAUUGGGCAUAGGCCUAUGCAGUUCUCUAUAAAUUCUGAGGUUAAGUCCCCAAAUCGUGAUCAUAAUGAGUCUGCUACACCUAUUUCUACUCCUAUUCUUAGACUAAUGGGAAAGAACUUGGUGGUAAAUAAAGACAAAGAUGUGUCUGCUGAGACCAAUCCUGCUCCAUCAAGUAUUAUGAAUGACCAUGCACAGCCACUAUCUUGGGUUGAUAGUAGUGUCACUUUGGGAAAGAUUCACAAUGAGGACCACUCGUUACAUCAUAUGAUUUCACAAGUUCCAGUUACCUCUGACCAUUUGCAGAAUAGCAGGAUGCAGACAUUGCAUUUUGAUGUCAGUUCAUCAAAUGGUUCUGUAAACCACAGCAAUCAUAAGACACAACUAUUAUUUCCUCGUCCAUCAAUGCCCAUGCUUUCAAAUAAGAAUUAUGGUUGGAGUUUCCCAUCAUCAAUGGGGUGUCAUGAAUACAUGGGCGGGUGCAACUUGACCCCUGAACAACUUGGGUCCAGGAUUAGAGUGGGUACUACUCCAAUUACCGAUGAUAUCGAGAAAGUGCGAGCUUCUUCUGCCACCCAUCUCAGGAGUGCAGUUCCUUGCGGCAGGGCCACAACGGAAAUAAUUGUUAUUGAUGAUACACCAGAGAGCAAAUCUGGUUCAGUAAUUAAAGCUACAUGUGAUGAGGGAAAUAUGAAAGUUGGGGGAUCUACAGUUGGGAUUUCGGCAUCAAUGAGAGAUUCAAGGCAUCCGAAUCCUCUCUAUCAUUAUCUGCCACAGGGCUACUCUAUCUGUCGUGGAUCUCCAAUUGUUCAGAAUGCAAAUUUUCAAGUGCCACCCUCCAAGGGAGCGAAUGCAAGUCCAGAUAAAUGGAAUGGCACUCCAGGAGAUUCAAGUGUAUUGCAUUCAAAUUCUAUAACAGCUUCGUCAACCUCCAAUGAUCACCUGAGAUCUAUGCUGUAUUCUUCUCCACACUUUUCAUAA